GUAGCACACGCACACACAAAAAUAAAAAUAAAAAUAAAGAGAAAGGAAGCAGAGGAAGAAGCUAAGCUACAAUGAGCUGUGGUGAGUGAAAAUGGGCCCCACCACCCAUGUGCCCUCCUCUGUCUCCACCAGCUCCUGCCGCUCAAUCAUUAGUCCCUCUGUUCCCCUUCUCUCCCAGAAACACACACUCUCUCUCUCUCUCUCUCUCUCAAACUGAAACAAUACUCUCUCUCUCUCUCUAACAACCAAAUACACUCUUUCUCUCUCUCUCCUUUCUCAUUAAAAUAAUUCUGUCUUCUCUCUCGUUAUCUCUCUAGGGAAGACUAAAAAGACCCAUGUCUAAUUCGGACGGAGCGAAUAACGGCGUGACAAACGGCGCAAUAAUCGACCCACAGAGGCAGCAGCAGCAGCCGCCAGGAAACGGAGCUUUGGCCGUAAAGAAGCCUCCUUCAAAGGACCGUCACAGCAAGGUUGACGGACGUGGACGGCGAAUCCGGAUGCCGAUCAUAUGCGCCGCACGUGUGUUCCAGCUGACACGCGAGCUUGGCCACAAGUCUGACGGCCAAACCAUCGAGUGGCUCCUCCGUCAAGCCGAGCCUUCUAUCAUAGCCGCCACCGGAACUGGCACAACCCCAGCUAGCUUCUCCACGGUCUCAGUCUCCGUCAGAGGCUCAGCCACUAACUCAACUUCAGCUUCACUGUCCUCUCCUUCUACAUCCGACCACAAACCCACUUUGCUAAGCCCUGCCCCUUUCAUCUUAGGGAAGCGCGUGCGUACCGACGAGGACGGUAACGGCAAAGACGACACUUCCAGCAUGAGCUCCAUAGUGGGCUCCACUUCCGGUGGUGCCGGUGGGUUCUGGGCUGUCCCAGCUAGACCCGACUUCUGGACCUUUGCUGCUGCUGCCGCUGCUGCUGCGGUGCCGCCACCCGAGAUGGUGGCGGCCCAGCAGCAGCCUUCGCUGUUCAUGACUCAUCACCAUCAUCAUCAACAUCAGCAGCCGAUGGGCGAGGCGUCGGCAGCCAGAGUUGGAAAUUACCUUCCAGGACAUCUCAAUUUGCUGGCCUCUUUGUCGGGUGGGCCCGGGAAUUCCGGUCGGAGAGAGGACGAGCCUCGCUGAACUGAUCAUUCUGGAGCGUCGAUGUGGUGGCAAUCAGUCGUAAUUUCGUAUAUAUAAAAUAUCUGUCUGUUUAUUGUUUCUUAUUUUAUUUUUCUCUUUUCCUUUGUGUGGAAAUGAAGAGGAUUUUUAGUGAAUUUGCUAGGUUUAGGGUUUUUCGUUUGAGUGCAGGGUUUAGGGUUUGUGGAGAUUUGGGAAAUCUAAUGUCUUUUGAUGAAUGGGAAUUCGAUUAGGUGAUUUACUACUUUGUUUUUUACUACUUUGUUUGGAGAUUAAUUAGAGUUUUAGGGUUCAAAAUUGUUUAGGUUGGAGGAGAGAAGAGUCAAGAAUUAGGGUUCUGUUUCACAAAUUCACGGUGGAAAUUACCAAAAAAAAAGAAGAAAAAAAAUUGGGUUUAGGGUCUUUCAUUUAAUGGACAAGUUUGAGAUUGCUGUCGAUGGUUUUUGUUCUGCUGGUAAUGACAUUUUCAAGGAUAUGCUCAUAACUUCAGGUUUGAAGAAGUUUAGACAGUGCAUUAAUCAGUUGGAAUUCACAAUUAAGCAAAUGCAGCAAAUUCAGUUCUGCCCAAGUUUGUUGGAAUGUUGUGGUGUGCUAUGGCAAAUGAGAAAUCUAGUUUCUUUGCUGCAUUUGAAAACUUGUUAAGAGGAGAAACCGUGGUUCUUUGUUGGAAUUUGAUUCUUGCUCUCUGUUUGGCUUUCAUGCUCUAUGUUGGGUGUAAUGAUCUCCGUGGGUACUAGGUGUGUGAAAGAUAAAGCUCUGGUUCCUCUCUGUAAGACCUCUGCUUUUGAGAAUUUCAUCAGUAUUCUUAGCCAUUUCUUAUAUUUAUCCGCGUGAAAAUAAUGUGUUGCUCUCUUGUAUGUAAUGAAUUGUUUUUGGGUGCCUAUGGUGUGAAUAAAAAACCCAUCUGCUUCUCUCAA